UUCGCUCUCUGUGUGUUCCUAGCUUCACAGAGAGGCUCUUCACAGGUGUUUUGAUGUAGCUGCUCCAGGCUGUGGGCUGCUGGCGCUAUACUGACGUUUAAAUAGCCCUAAAAUUGACGUGAAGGUGAAAUACAUUUCGCUGUCACCUCAUCGCGGGUAAAGGUUGACAGCUGACUACAUCAUGGAGUCCAUGCUCAAUAAGCUAAAAAGCACCGUCACCAAGGUGACGGCUGAUGUGACCAGCGCUGUCAUGGGAAACCCGGUGACCCGGGAGUUUGAAGUUGGCCGCCAUAUUGCCAGUGGGGGACCGGGGAUGUGCUGGAGGAUUUACAAUGGUACUAAGAAGUCCACAAAACAGGAAGUAGCAGUUUUUGUAUUUGAUAAGAAGAUAAUUGACAGAUAUCAGAAGUUUGAGAAGGACCAGAUCAUUGAUUCACUUAAAAGAGGAGUUCAGCAGCUAACUCGCUUACGACACCCACGCCUUCUUACAGUUCAGCAUCCUUUGGAGGAGUCAAGGGACUGCCUGGCGUUCUGCACAGAGCCCGUGUUCGCUAGCCUGGCUAAUGUGCUGGGCCAGUGGGACAAUCUGCCUAGCCCUGUUCCCACAGAUAUUAAAGAGUACAAACUCUAUGAUGUGGAGACCAAGUAUGGCUUACUGCAGAUCUCUGAGGGCCUUUCCUUUCUGCACAGUGGAGUAAAGAUGGUACAUGGUAACCUGUGUCCAGAGAACAUCAUCCUGAAUAAGAGUGGAGCCUGGAAGAUCAUGGGCUUCGAUUUCAGCAUUUCCUCCAGCAAUCCAUCUGACGCUGAGCCUAAGUAUGUAUGUAAAGAGUGGGACCCCAAUCUGCCCCCUCUUUGCCUGCCUAACCCCGAGUAUGUGGCCCCGGAAUACAUCCUAUCCGUCAGCUGUGACUCCGCCUCUGACAUGUACUCACUGGGAGUGAUCGUGCAUGCAGUGUUCAAUGAGGGGAAGCCAGUCUUUCAGGUCAACAAGCAGGACAUCUUCAAGAGCUUCAGCAGACAACUAGACCAGUUGAGUCGUCUGAGUCCGGGAGUGCUGAGCCAGAUCCCGGAGGAGGUGCGAGAGCAUGUCAAGAUGCUGCUGAGUGUCACGGCCAAUGUGAGACCAGAUGCCGACCAGAUGACAAAGAUCCCUUUCUUUGACGAUGUUGGAGCCGUGACUCUGCAGUAUUUCGACUCCCUCUUCCAGAGAGACAAUUUACAGAAGUCACAGUUCUACAAAGGCCUCCCCAAAGUUCUGCCCAAGCUUCCCAAGAGGGUGGUGGUGUACCGGAUCUUGCCAGCACUGACCUCAGAAUUUGUGAACCCUGAUAUGGUGCCGUUCGUGCUGCCCAACGUGCUUUUAAUAGCGGAAGAGUGUACAAAGGAGGAAUAUGUUCGUCUGAUUUUACCAGACCUCACCCCAGUGUUCAAACAACAGGAGCCCAUUCAGAUCUUACUGAUAUUCUUACAAAAGAUGGACCUGCUUCUGACCAAAACACCCCCUGAAGACAUCAAGAACUGCGUGCUCCCAAUGGUCUACAGAGCACUGGAGGCUCCCUCAACUCAGAUCCAGGAACUGUGCCUGAAUAUCAUUCCCACCUUUGCUAAUCUGAUUGACUAUCCAUCCAUGAAGAACGCACUUAUCCCUCGCAUUAAAUCAGCGUGUUUACAGACCUCCUCAUUGGCUGUGAGAGUAAACUCUUUGGUGUGCCUGGGGAAGAUUCUGGAGUAUCUGGAUAAAUGGUUUGUCAUUGAUGAAAUCCUGCCCUUCUUACAGCAGAUACCUUCCCGAGAGCCAGCUGUACUCAUGGGCAUUCUGGGCAUCUACAAGUGCACUUUUACCCAUAAGAAACUAGGCAUCCCAAAAGAGCACCUUGCAGGGAAAAGUCUGCCUCAUUUAGUUUCUCUUAGUAUUGACAACAACCUUAACCUCAAUCAGUUUAAUUCUUUCAUGGCUGUGAUCAGAGAGAUGCUGAGUCGAAUGGAAGCGGAGCAUAAGACCAAACUGGAGCAGCUCCACAGCAUGCAGGAACAGCAGAGAAGCCUGAACCUCUCCAACCAAAUGAACACUUCAGAUGAGGCAAAGAACAACCCUAAUCCAGCUAGUCAAGUUCGAGAUAUUGACGAGAUCUUUGGCGGGAGCUCAGUGAGUGCAGGUGUGAAUGGAAAAGAAAACGGCUCCUCCUCUACCGUCUCUCAACCCUCUAGAGUUUCUCUGACUCUGGAAGAGAAGCAGCGUUUGGCUAAGGAGCAGGAGCAGGCAGCAAAACUAAGGAGCCAGCAACCUUUGGCACCACAGAGCGUCAAACCUGCCACAACUACUACACAGGCAAAGGACUUGACCAGCAGUCUACUGAACAACAUGACCUCACUCAACAGCUUAUCCCUGAACUCUGGUCCUCGGACAACGCCCAUGCAGACUGGUACACUCUCUUCUGGUUUCUCUAGUGGAUCCGCCAUGAGCGGCAUGGCCACCAUGGGCGCCAUCAGUAAUGGCUUCAACUCCACCAUGGGCUUCCAAACAGGAGGCGUGGGUAUGGGCAUGCGGCCGGCCACCCCUGGCCUAUAUGGGGGUAUGGCCACCACCACCAGCACCCCGAAUUUCAGCACCCUCACACAGAACCAGAAUCAGCCCAGCAAGCCUCCAGACAUGUCGGCCCUGGAUUCUCUCUUCUCUGCUAACAAACCCAAAGUCAGCUUGAACCAAAUGGCCUCCAAGCCUGCCACAGGUGCCGCAGCACCGUCCCCCUGGCUCAACCAGUUCGGUACAGGUCAUCCCACGCAGACUGCAGGCAUGCAGGCAGCACCAAUGGGGAUGCCGGGGGUGCAAGGUGGGUUUGGAAUGCAGGCUAACCCUUUCUUUAACCCACAGAACUUCUCACAACCUGCCACUGCCCCCACCAUGAACACAGGGAUGCUGAAACAGAGCACAUCAGUCAACACUGAUCUGAAAGAUCUCUUUGGAUAAAAAAAAAAAAAAGUCUGACUGUCGUUCUUGUUUCCAUUUGCCUAGCAAAGAGAGCUCUAAACGAAACAAUAUCAACAGUGUCGGCGAUAACAGAGAUAUAACGGUGAAGAAGGUCAAUAUAGUCCAUCUUAACGGACCAUUGUUUCAUUUUGUUUUGCAUCUGGUCUAUUUUGAGUCAUGUAUUUCUCGUGGUGGACCUUUUUUGUUGAGCCGCAGUCAAUCAGAAGAUGGCCACCAGCCUUAAACAGGCAGGGUCAUGUGUAUUUCUACAGGUCACACUUGUCUUACUGAUAUCCUGCCUCAAUACUGCAUACUGGAUGUGAAUGUGUUGUUUUGGUUUGAUCACUCUUCACAUACGCUAGCAUCUGGGCUGGAAUUAUCCAAAAUGAGGAGUCAAAAGGCAAGGUGUGGAACAAAAAAGCAUCCUUCAGUGAGGAAGAGAGUAUUAAUUCCCUUCUCUAUAGGGCUUGGGAAACAAUGUCACAUUGUGCUGUAUUAUGGGAUCGUUCCGCUAUAUUGGUGGGGUUCGUUCUUUGUGUACAUCCUACAGAUACUCAUACUCACUGUGAUAGUCAUAGAGAUUGCUAUUUUAUUGUGGUUUUUCAGACGUGUCCUGCAUAAAAGUGAAUCAAAUGAAAAGAUGGUGCAUCUUAACCCACUCCAGAGUGAUGCUGAACAAAUCUUAUAUGGAUAGAAUUAACCUUGCUGACGGUGUGGAUCCAUACAAACUCCCAAAGUGAAAUGAAUUAAGUCCAUGUACAGUUUAUGAAUGGGUAUUCCCCUUCAGCCACUGGCAGAUUUAACUUGCAGAUGUUUUCCUUCUCAUAUUUCACUUAAUCUUUAAAAUAUUUAACUCACUUAUUGGCAUGUUUCACUUAGUCACUGCCAUAUUUUACUAGAAAGGAUUUAUACAACCUUUGAUUUUAGUCAGCCACUGCCCUAUUUCUCUAGUUACUGGCAGAUUUCACCCAGUUUUUGGCAUAUUUCACUCAGACGCUGAAUGUAUAGGCAGACUUUUAGCAAACACUGCCUAGAUUGUUAGCAAACUAACAACAGUCAAUAUAAAGUCUUGAAGAGAAACAGCCAAAUGCUAAUCACCUAACACAUCAGCUAAUGUUACUAGAAUAGGUUCAUCAUAACUUAAUUCACCUUGUAUCUUUUUAGCUGGGAAACAGUGAGUUUGAGUUAGAUAGCCAAUACCAAAUGUGAUAAAUCUGCUAAAUGAUGUUGAAGGUUUUAUUUCAUUAUAUCUAUAUGAUUAGAUCAAUAAAAUGAGCAAGAGUUUGAUGUUUAUCCACACUGUGAUGUUUCCCAUGUGCAGUUUAACAAGAGCUGCGUCCAGACAGUUAAAUGAAACUGCUGCUCUCUGUUGCUCUCAUAUUUUAUCUGGUACUCAUCAAGAUCCACAUGCUAGUCAGCUCGGCAAACCUAUAUACUGAGUCUAUGGGCUUCAGAUCAGUCAAAAUCAAGGAAAGCAGGUCAGACAUAAAGAUUCAUUCAAAUAUUCAGAACCACCCUAGACUGACUAACCCUGCCACAAUGGCGGAUCCCCAUAAGACACUACGUCAUGACAUCACAUUCCCAGGCCUUAGUAAGUACAGGUUCUGUCUUACUCAUUCCUCAGUUUCUCUUUGCACUUUUUUUUUCCCUCUCCUCCACAUUCACUCACUCUGAGCUACCUACUUAUUUGAAAACCUCUUAAAGGCUUUUUAUUGGAAAACCUCUUAAAGAAUUAGAGGAAUACUCCAGCUUUUUUCAGUCUAAUCUCUGUCUGCUUCAUCUGUAGUGUGCAGGUGAUUACCAGGGGAAGUAAUUUCAACAUGGUCUUUAUAGGGAUGAACUGAUAUGGAAGUUGUAGGUCAGUGCAAUCUGAUAUUUUUCAUGUAUGUAUCUACCUAUGACCUAAAUGCUCUGCUCUUCUGGUGUACAGCAAAUACAUCGUCAAAUAUCGUUUGAAAUAUUGGCUAAAUGGAAACAUCAGUCUGAUGUUUAAUAUUUAGAUAUUUAAUAUAUUUAGUAUUUAGGUAAUAUUUAGAUAUUUAUGCAAAUAUCUCCUGAUACCAAUAUCAUUCCAAUAUUAUUGUGCAUCCCUAGUUCUCUCUCUUGGAACCCACUUGGUUUCAGCACCUACUUUUGGCUUCUGUUAUAAGUGUACUAUGAGUCAGUUGGUUUUCUUUUUUGAGUACAGGGAAAUUGUCUGUGGUAGUCAACUGUGUGCUACAGAUGCAGCAGACCUAGAUCAGGUUAAAAAAAACACAGAAAUAUUUUAUUAAUUGCUGUCCAUCCAGGAGACAGCAUCAUACUAUUCCACCACUGAGAAGAUUUGAGAUGACAGUCCUUUGGCUUUGUUUAUACAGGCUGUCAAAUUAGGCUAUAUAUGCUUUUUGUCAUUUAGCUAAUCUUUUCCUUGCACUAAUCAUUCACAUCUAGUCUUUUAAGAUGUGGUUUGAACCAUAUUCACCUAAAGAUGCAUUUAUUUCAGCAACUGAACACAUCAGUAGUAUGUAGGGCUGACCCGAACAGCAUUUUACAGCAUGUUUCGAAAAUCCGUUCUCAAAACCAAUGAAACUUUGAAAACAAUUUUUGCAUUUCAUAAUUACUACAUAAUUAAAUCUUAAGAAUGUACAUCACUGCAGUUCAAACUAAACCUAGUAUGUAAGGCAUGUAGCCUAUCAAGUGGAUGAUUCAUCAAACCUGUUGUGCCUCCAUUGUAUACCAGCCACUUACUGCAACUUUUGCACAGAGCAUUCUUUUAAUUGUCUGUUUAUUUAAAUUGUGAUGUCUUUCUGAGGCGCCUCUACUCUUUUAGCUUCAGCGGCCUCAAUCAUAUACAUACAUACAUACAUACAUACAUACACACACAUACACACACACACUCACAUACAUAUAUAUGUGUAAAACAAGCACUGUUUUACACAAACACUUCUGUUGAUAAGAAGUAUCUGUUGUAGUUUUGGCUGAUUUUUUUCAUUUUUUUGUGUCUUAAAAAUGUUGAUGCUUUCAAAGACUGAAUAAAAAAAACUGAUACCAAUACAACAAACAAAUAUCCGAGUUCGGGUCAGCCCUAGUAAUCUGUUUAAACUCAAAUAUAAAUUUUUACCCUACUGUGUAGUUGUGGUUAAGGAAAGAGGGAGAGUGAGAGUUUUCUUUGUUGGAGAGUCGAUAUGAGUUGCACACUGGAGUAUAAUCUGCAGUUUGAGGAACGGUGCAGAAUUUUUUUUUUUUUUAAAUCAAACUUGCAGUUUGAUGAAAGUGCAUUGAUGGUGCACAGACCAUACUGGAGAUUGUUUUGGUUAUUUUAAUAAUUAAAUAGAAGCCCUUAAAUGCCAAUAAAGUUGCAUAUAAAUCUAAUAAAUCCUUAAAGGAAUAAAGUUAACUGCCAUUGAUAGUGUUUGAUUAGGAAUUUAGUCGUGCUUUACUGGCCUUUAAAAGCUUCAUUAGAACAGCAGUAUACGUUCUGUUAGUACCCAUGUUUGUCCAACUGGUGUCCUCUUUGUAUGUAACGUAUGUUUUGUUCUUUGGUUGCAUGUUACUGAUCAUACCUGCACAGGAGCCCGUGUGACAGUAGCAUCGGGACAGAGUGGGUAGAGGGUUAAAAAAGAAAAAAAAAACACCAACUUAACCUUUAAUUCCUCAUCAUGACCAAAUAGAAAUAGCUGCAACAUGGCGAGCCACUCUUCUAGAACUGUGUAUAGUAUUUACAUAUCAUAUUGAAUGAAGUGUAUAAUAUAUUGAGAUUAAUUUGAUAUCAGUUAGGAUUUUUUUAAUAUAUUAUCUUCAGAUCACUUUCUCAAAGGGGACCUCUAUGAGUGUAUGAAUGGAGAAAAUAAGCCUUAUGAAGAGAGGUGUGCAAUAAUAGGUCUUUUGAAGGGGUUUUGUAAAAGGCUUGCUGUGAAUGAGUGUUUUAGCACAUACAGUUUUCAUAUAUGGGCAGUAUCUGGGCUUUAGUUUCAAUAAAUAAAUGACACACUGGGUUAUCAUCACUACAGCAAUUUGAAAAUACAACAUAAAGCAGUUCCAUUGAAUUAUGAGGUAGUUAAGAGUUAAUGUAAGAAAACCUUUGGUGCAACCAUACCACAUAUUUGUAAUUCAGAAAUUUCUUUAUGGAAAACUGGACUUUAUCUCCAGUCAAAUGGCCCAGUUCUGAUUGCCAGUGCAACCAGUUUGACACCUAAAUGAAUGGAAACAAAACAAAUGAAAGCUUAUUCUUCUAUCAGAACCUUUAUAUUCUACCAAUGUAAUAUGUGUACAACGUGGCAUCUUUGUGAACUUUGUAUUGUGUUACGAGGUUGUAUUGUCUGAAGUUGAGAGUUUUCAUGAAAAUCUGUAAAUAUUUAUCAAAAUACACAUGUUGACAUUCUCUUUAAUGCCUUUUGAUCACUUCAUCGAACAGACCGAUUGUGUACAUUUCUAAUUGCAUUGUAUAGUUUUGGUCAGAAAGAAUAGAUCUGAUGAAUAGUUUGAAGGUUUGAAUAAAGCUCUUCGAGUAAUGGGAAACAAUGAA